UAAAAAAUAAAAAUCAAGUGCUUUCAACCAUACUUUUUCAAGGUGUCAAUGAGCUGCAUGCUGUUUGAUUGAUGAAAGGCUCUUUUUUCACCCAAAAUUCUUGAUUUAUGAUCUAAGGCCAAUGGGAAGCUGUCAGUUCAUUGACACUUGAUGCAACCCCAUAUGGAGCAGUGUAGCUGUGUCCACUGACCCACAUAUGAAGAUGCUGGCUCAACACCACAUAUAUCUAAGAGAGAGAGAGAGAGAGAGAGAGAGAGAGAGAGAGGCCACUUGGGCAUGUUGGUCAUAUGAUGUUAGAUAAGGUUAGUAUCCAGAAUACCAAAUAUCAGUGCCUCUGCUACAUCCAUUAUCCAAAACCUUAUGCAUAUAUGUGAUGGUCAAGAAAUGAUGGGCAAAGAGACCAGACAGUGAAAAAAAACAGAGAAAAAAUGGCAGCCAAAGUGGCUCUCUCUUCUUGUUUUUGCACUAGACUUCCACUCCCUUCCAAAUCAUCCUCACCAUCUUCUCUCACCCACACCCCCACUUCACCAAAGAAAAGGGCACAUCAUUUUAGCAUUCAUGCAAAGCUCGGAGGAGGAGAUGGAGAGAUCAAGCAGGGAGGGAAGAAGAAGUUCAUAACUAGAGAAGAAGAACCAGAACAGUAUUGGCAAACAGCAGGAGAAAGGGAAGGGGAGAACCCCAUGAAGACCCCCCUUCCUUACAUUAUCAUAUUUGGUAUGUCCACCCCUUUUGUUAUCUUAGCCAUUGCCUUUGCUAAUGGUUGGGUUAAGGUACCUGUUCGAUGAUGUGAUUAUACUAAUCUGAUUUGAUUAGUAAAUCCACCAAGUGCCAUCUCAUGUAUAAGCAUAUACUUCUACAGAUCUGCUUUGAAUUUCCAUGUCAUGAGUUUUGCUAUAGUUUUGUUAAUACAACACAAUAAGCUUAUUAUGCCUUGUUCAACAAAAAAAGGGAGAGGACAGAGGAAGAGAAUUAUCAGAAAAGGUGAUUAAGAAUUGCAUAAUUCUGCUUAUAAGGGCAAGAUCCUGUUUUUUCUUA